CAAAAAUGGCUCCACGAGACAAGAACAAAAGUCGUGAGCUAGAAGAAACUUUAAAAAGGAUCGGACAACAUGAGGGUGUCCAAGGACUAAUGGUUGUAAAUAUGGAUGGAGUUCCUGUAAAAAGUACACUUGACAAUGAUUUAACAGUUCAAUAUACUGCUCUCCUUACAUCUUUAACAUUACAGGCUAAAAAUAUGAUAAAGAAUAUGGAUCCCAACAAUGAAUUGACUUUUAUCCGAUUAAGGUCUGAGAAGAAUGAAAUAUUGGUUGCACCAGAUCGUGAUUAUGUUUUGAUUGUUGUGCAGAAUGGUGUGGAUGAACAAUCUAAUCCAUGUUUUUUAUAAAUACAGAACUGGACAUUUGUAAAAUAAGAUUCGAUUUGAACCAUAUUGAAAGCUUGGUGAAUCUGACAAGCUUUCUAAAAUAAAAUGAGAUUAAACUAUACUUUGGAAAUAAUUGAACCAGCCAACCCUAAUUCAACUAUCACAUCCCAAUCAUUCAACAAUUUUUGUCUCAGGCCUUGAAACAUUUCAUACUGUUAAACUUCUUAGAUAAAAACUACAGGGUUACCCAAAAAGAAUAAGACUGUAAUGAAUACCUAAAACUCUUGAAAUAUGAUGAUUGGAAGGAUGAAUUUGGACUUUUACACCAAGUUAAUUUUAUAAAAAGUAUAUAUAAUUCUCCGGCAAAAAUAUGCACCUAUAUGUAGGAUUCUUAAUCAUUUUUGAAAAAAAAAUCU